UUAUCUUUAGAGGAUAGAUGACAAACAAUGCAAGUACGAACCAUAGCUUGAAGACAAAUGAUAAUUCGUACAGAAUCGGGAAUACUUCAAUUUGUAAAAAUGUUAAAUAAUUUUAAAAUAAAAUGCGUUAACAAUAAAAAUAUUUGUUAUCAUCAUAGAUAUCUUCUAUUAUCAUUAUGAAAUAAAACCCCUUGCUAAAGUGAGUGCACUAUAUAAAAGCAGUCUAUCUCUCAUCCACAUUCCGGACCGCGACCCCUUGUAUUGUUAAUAUAUGAUUGGCCUAUCCAUUCUUCUAUUAUCUAUGGAUCCGACCCAUAGAGUAAUAUUACUCUAUGAUCCGACCUUAUCUUUUAAGACCGUGCUCUAUGGUAUGAUUAGCAAAAUUCAUAGAUAAUAGAAGUCCAUUAUCUAUGGAAAAAUGAUUUAUUUAAAAAAAACGUGGAGUAAUAGUAUAUGAAGAAGAUAUAGAUAAUGUAUUUACUAUUGAAGACAUGAAAAACUUAGCUUUAGAAAUUAAACACAGAAGAAAAGUUACUAUCAAACAUUUAAAAGUUUUAAAACAUGCUUUGCUGAAUGGUCAAGAAUUUAUUUUAUCAUUUUAUCAAAUUCAAGGGGCUGUUGAUUCUUUACUUCAUUUUAUGUCAAGUAAAAACGAAGGUGUACAAUUAGCUGCUAUUGAAUGUAUUUGUAAUAUGGCAUUGGGUGAUAAAAAAACAUGUAUCAAAUUAACAAAAAUAAUAACUCCAUACUUGAUGAUUUAUAUUAAUAGUUGGAAUUUUAACUUAUCAUGCAUGUCUAUUUGGACUCUUGGCAAUUUGUGUGACUCUAAUGAGGAGUCUUGUAAACUGCUUCAAAAUCAAAAUUUCUUUUGUACCUUAAUCGAAUCCUUAAAAAAUUCAACUUGUGAUGAAGUCAUUUUAAAUACCUUUUAUGCCUUAAAACUUUUUCUUAAGACUUAUAUUUACCAAUUAGAGAUUGAAGAACUCAAUAAAUUACUUCUUGUAUGUUUUGAACGCUUAAAUUUUUGGAAAGAAUCAUUUUGGAUUGUGUACCAAAUUUCUUGUCGUCAUGACUGUGAUUUAUUAAAUGCAAAUUUAAUAAAACAGUUAUUUUUCAGUGUUCAAGAUGAAGAUAUUAUUGAUAUAAAAUGUUUAGUAGCUAUUUUAAGAACAAUUGGCAAUAUUGUAGCUAAAGAUAAUAGUAGUUAUUCAGCUAAUGAAAUUAUAAUUGGAUUGAAAAACAGUGGACCUUUUAUAAGAAAUAUAUUAAUAAAAAAUAGACAGAUAAACUUAAAUGAUGAAUGUGCUUGGGUUUUAGGCAAUGUUUUCAAUGUAUUGCAAAUUACUGAGCUUCAUAAUAAUAAUUAUAUAACCGCAGAAGACUUUAAUGAAAUCUGUAAUUACCUUUUUGUUUAAAUUGCAUUUUAAGAACAAUUAAUAUAUUGACUAACUGUAUA